CUUCACUUGUACUCUAACUACCCUUAAUCAAUACAAAAUCUGGCGCCUAGAUUCUUAACGCCAUGCCCGUCCAGGACCGCACAAACGAAUUCCGCGCGUGCGUAGAGUCCAUACGCAAUAGAUCCUCCCUGCCGUCCAGGAAUGCGGAGGCGAAGCAGCGCCUGCUGAACGGAAAUGCGAAGCGGGGGGACAAGAGCGAGUUUUCGAGGAUGGCUGCUGCUAUUGGGAAGGAUAUCUCGAGUACGACCGUCAAGCUAGGGAAACUCGCGCAAUUGGCUAAGAGGAAGACCCUCUUUGAUGAUCGGCCGGUCGAGAUUAGUGAAUUGACCCAUAUCAUCAAACAAGACAUUGCGAACAUCAAUAGGCAGAUAGCGUCGCUGCAAUCAUACGUGAAGCAAAGACAAGGGCAGGCAGCGAAAUCUCCAGCAGCGAAGCAAGUCGAGGAGCACAACAACAAUGUUGUCAUGCUCCUGCAGAGCAAGCUUGCAAACACUAGCAUGACGUUCAAGGACGUCCUGGAGAUUCGGACGCAGAAUAUGAAGGAGUCGCGAGACAGACAGGAACAGUUUACGCAUGCAACAGCAGCGGCGGCCAAUCCAGCCCCUUCAAAUUCAUUAUUAUUCGGAAACCGGCAACCAGACCCCAUGGGAGACGGCAGUUUAGGCCGGUCGAGCAUGAAGGGCAAAGGCCGGGCCCACCAGAAUGGCGACCUUCUUGCUUUGGACUUGGGCUCGGCGGAGGAAGGCAUGGGAGGACAAAAUGACGGAGGAGCGUUCAUGCAGAUGCAGUUGGUGGAGCAGCAGGAUACCUACAUCCAGCAACGGUCGACAGCCAUCGAGACUGUGGAAGCAACCAUUGCUGAACUAGGCCAAAUCUUUACUCAGCUAGCUCAAAUGGUCGCGGAGCAACGAGAAACCGUCCAACGCAUUGACGCGGAUACUGUAGACAUUGCCUCAAACGUCAGCGGUGCUCAGCGAGAAUUGCUGAAGUAUUAUGCUAGCAUAUCCAGCAAUCGAUGGCUAAUGCUCAAAAUAUUCGGGGUUCUGAUAGUAUUCUUUUUGAUAUUCAUUCUUGUAUCAUAACGGACUGUCAAGGCUGGACCUACAGUUCACCAGACUUUUGUAUACCAUUAUAUCCCGGAUAUAGUAUCGUCUGAUUUGGCUGCACUGUGUAGAUCUCUGUCCAAGCCGAGGGAAACAUGAGGUGGAACUGUCAUCCGACUGGGAUAGCAUUGACUCCGGUGGCCAGGAAGCUGGGUCGCUUGGCACCACUCUUCUGCUUACUGCCCCGCUUACGCUUUUUCCUGUCCCCGGCAUCGUCGCCUACUGUCCAUGUGCGUGUACUGCCCGGUGCAUCUCCAACACCCGACGUGGAGGAAAACCGCGCGCCUUGCGCCGAUUCAUCUGCGGGAGCUUCGGUCUGGUCAGUUUUCUUCUUCUCUAGCCUUUUCUUUCUCUGAGCUUCCAACUCCUUGUUUCGCUGCUUCAACUUAUUCAGGCGCUGCUCGCUCUUUCC